ACGUCCCGUACUAUUUCUUUUGUUUCCACACAAACCAAAAGGGGUUUUUCCUUUUCACAGAACUUCGACAGCAACAACAAAUAGAGAAAAGCCUUUCCUUAUACCUUUCGUUGUGCUUCUCGUUAGAGAUUUUGACUGCCUUGUUUUUUCAGAGAAAAAGGGGUCUUCUUGUCUUGCUUUUGUUGAAUGUAAUUUGUUCUUGAAAUCAUGGUGUUUCAGAAGAGGCUCGACUAUGGAUUCAAUGGCUAUGAGGUGCCUCCUACACCUCGAGCUACAAGAUCACCAAGAAAGAGUGCUUUCAAGAAGAAUCAAAUAUCUUCCUUCGAUUUGCUGGCAGCAGUAGCUGGUAACCUUCUGCUUGAAAGUGGUGGGCAUUCUUCUUCCUCAAGUAACAACGCCAUAGGGGAUACCAAUGAAGAAGAUCAUUGUGCUGUUAAGACAGAACCGAAUUACGGUGGCCAUCAAACAGUGGUAGAAGAGACUAACUGUGAUCACAUUCAUAACAAUAAUGCUGAAAGGAGAUUCUUUGUCUCUGAGAUCCUUCCAAAGUCUCAAAGAUCUCCAACUCCUCCCAAAGAUUUUCAUUUUGGAUCUACCUCUGGUAUAACUUCUGAUUCCUCGGAGAAGCUUGGCACUCAAGAAUUAGGUCAGAGUGUUCGUUUUAGGUCAGAGACUAAUGAUAAGAUAUCAUCAUCAAUGCAUAAGAGGCUAAUAAAUAAUUGUGAACCAGAGUUAUCAAGGGAUGUUAUAGCUGAGAAUAAGCAUCAUAUAGGUAGUGACUUCAAGAAACCAAUCCCUCGUUCGGUGUGCUCUGAUGAUAUAGAGUUACUCAAUGGUGAUGGCGAAAACUUCUCAGCACGUUACGCAACGAAAACAUUUAGGUCAACUCUUCGAAUAGGAGACAGAAGAAUAAAGAAAGUUUUGGCUUCAAAGUAUUGUAAAGUCUCUUCAAAGCAGAAAGAGACAACGGUAACUGAUACAGACUUGGACUUGAAGCCUGGUUACUACAGCAAGAAACAUUGUUUCAAAAGCUUAAGAUCAGAGAGGAGAUAUCCAAUCAAGAAAAGAAGAUACUUUGAUGGUUAUACAGCCUCACAAUCAGAAGCAGCAGUUAGAAAUGAAGGCCUUUCUGGUUCACCUCGAAAGGCUUCAGCUUUUAUGUCAACCAUAGCUUGUCAGAAGCAACCCCCUUUACAAUCACGAGAUUCUCACGUGAAAUUUGGAAUCAAGUCAUUUAGAGUUCCUGAGAUUUUCAUUGAUAUUCCAGAGACUGCUACCGUUGGUUCGCUAAAGAGGACAGUCUUGGAAGCUGUGACCACUAUACUUGAAGGUGGACUACGCAUAGGAGUUCUUGUUCAUGGAAAAAAAGUUAGAGACGACAAUAAAAUGCUUCUUCAGAGUGGAAUCUCUCUAGACACUCUUUCAGAUACCUUAGGCUUUUGUCUUGAGCCCAAUCCUCCACAAUCCAAAAAACAGCUGUCUCCUGAAGAUUCUGAUUUUGUGCGUCCAUGUAAUGUACCUCAUCACACUCUAACAAGGUGUCUCCCAUCACUAGGGAAACAUGCUAAACCUAGUAACUCUGUAGAUAGUGACCUUGACUCCAAACCCUCUGCAUCAAAUAGGGGUAAACCCGUCUACUCCAGAGCCUUGAUUCCUGUUGCUCCUCUGCAUGCUCAGGCUUUAAACGUAGUCCCACCUCGGAAACCUAAGCGAUCUGAGGUGGCUCAGCGCAGAAUCCGUCGACCUUUCUCUGUUGCAGAAGUUGAGGUCCUUGUUCAAGCUGUGGAGAGACUUGGGACCGGAAGGUGGCGUGAUGUUAAGCUACGAGCUUUUGAUAACGCAAAGCACCGGACUUAUGUCGAUUUGAAGGACAAAUGGAAGACGUUGGUGCACACAGCAAGAAUAUCGCCUCAACAAAGGAGAGGUGAGCCUGUUCCCCAGGAGCUCUUAGACCGGGUACUGAUGGCUCAUGCCUACUGGUCCCAGCAACAGGGGAAACAACAGUUGCUAGAGGGACCUCAUAAGCUCGAGACAAGUCUUGGUCUAUAGACUGGGAACAAAAUGUUAUCUCCGCGGCGUGAAAAUGAAGCUGAUAUUUUUUUUCUUUCAUAUAUACUUUUUUGUUUAUUUGUUAUGUUAUGUAUUUGAAAAUAUUCAUUGUGUAAGGAAAAAAAGGAAUGGAAUGUGGUGCAGAAGUGAAUAGAGAUGAAGAUAUGUGAAGUCUAAUGUAAUUGUCACAGUGAUUGGUUAUAAUAACAUGUUUAUUCCUUU